CUUCUCUCCCAGUACCUGCUCUCCUCGCGUAUAUCUGUUUAUUUCACAUUAUCAUAGAUGGCUCCAGCAAAGAGCAAGGCAGGCAACAGCAAGAAGCGCACGGCUUCGAACCGCGCGGCGCGCGAGCCCGAGGUCCGUUUCCCCAAGAACUCAAACAUCGAAGUCCCGUCGGACGAGGAGGUUGACAGCGACCUUGAGGAGGAUGUCGAGGAGGGUGAUUUUGACGAAAUGCUCAAGAUGAUGGCUGAGGAGCAGGGCAUUGACUCUGGCGAAGAGGGAGGCGAGGUUGAGGACGACUAUAUUGCAGGUGAUAGCCUGGACGAGGAGGAUCAGGAGGAGGAGGAUGGUGAUGAGGAUGUCAGUGACUCCGACAUCGAGGGCGAUAGCGAAGAUGCCAGUGACGACGAAGAUGACGAUCUAUUGUUGGCGCCUUCUGCUUCCCGGUCCACCGACGAUCUGGCCACGGCAGUCGAUAGUAACUCUGAGGGCGAGGGCGAGGGCGAGGGCGAGGACAAGCAGCUGACGAUCCGCGACUUUGGCGACGAUCUCGAGGCUUGGAAGGAAUACCGCAAGACUCUGCCUACCAUCGAGGCUGGGUACGCCAGCGACUCGUCAACCGAAGAGCCGUCCAACACUAUCGGCAAUGUGCCAAUUGAGUGGUACGAGGACUACCCGCAUAUCGGGUAUGACAUUGACGGCAAGCGGAUACUGCGGCCGGCGACCAGCGACGAGCUGGACAAGUUCCUUGAGAACCAGGACAACCCUGACGUGUUCCGCACGGGCCGCGACGAGGUCAACCAGCAGAACGUCAAGCUCACCGACGAGGAGAUCGAUAUCAUCCGGCGUAUCCAGGGCGGCAGCAUCCCGGACGCCGACUUCAACCAGUACGAGGACACCGUCGAGUGGUUCACAUCAAAGACCAUGCAGACGCCUGUCACCGGCGCACCCGUGUCCAAGCGCGGCUUUGUGCGCUCCAAAUCGUGCCGCCUCAUCCGUCAAGGCAAGAUCACGCCGGGCAAGCCCAAGCAGGAGAAGCCGCGCUUCUACGAUGUGUGGGAGAAUGCCGAUGAGGAGAGCGCCGACGCGCAGUCGUCGCGUCGCCCGCUGCGUUUGGCCGCCCCGCGUCUGGCGCUGCCGUCGCACGAGGAGAGCUAUCACCCGCCGCCCGAGUACCUGCCGACCGACAAGGAGCGCGAGGCGUGGCUGGAGCAAGACCCAGACAGCCGCAAGCGCAACUUCCUGCCGCAGGACUUCCAGAACCUGCGCUCGGUGCCGGGCUACCAAAAGUUUUUGCAUGAGCGGUUCCAGCGCUGCCUGGAUCUGUACAUGGCCCCGCGCAUGAUCAAGAAGACAUCGCAGCUCAAUGCCGAGGAGCUGAUGCCCAAGCUGCCUGACCCUCGCGACCUGCGGCCCUUCCCGGCUGCUGAGGCCCUGGUCUACACAGGGCACACCGGCCGCGUGCGCUCGAUCUCGAUCGACCCGACCGGCCUGUGGCUGCUGUCAGGGUCCGACGACGGUACCGUGCGUCUGUGGGAGAUUGUCACCGGCCGGUGCGCCCAGAUCUGGGACCUGAAGGACGUCAUCCACACGGUUGCCUGGUGCCCGAACCCUGAAGUCGGCAGUCGUGUCGUAGUCAUUGUGCCCACGGAGCUGUGCAGCGAUCAAAAGCUGCUUGUCACGGAGGAAUUCGAGGAGGAAGACGCAGCGUCGCUGCCCGUCAGUUGGGACAUGCCGCCCAGCAGCGAGCAGUCGCAGGGCAUCUACAUCUCGGUUGUAUUCCACAAGGCUGUCAAGUCGCUGGCGUGGCACAAGCGCGGUGACUACUGGGCAACCGUCACUGCCGAGGAGGGAGGUGCAUCGGUGCUGAUUCACCAGAUGACCAAGCACAAGUCGCAGCGGCCGUUCCGCAAGCUCAAGGGUGCCGUGCAGACCGUCAAGUUCCACCCGAACACGGCCCUGCGGUACGUGCGCAUCUACAACCUGAUGCAGCAGGCGCUGGUCAAGACGCUGCAGCCGGGUGUCAAGUGGAUUUCCAGCGUCGACGUGCACCCGCAGGGCGACAACGUCAUUGUCGGUUCGUACGACAAGAAGCUUGCAUGGUUUGAUAUGGAUCUGUCUGUCAAGCCGUACCGCUCGAUCCGCUACCACAAGCAGGCAAUCCGCCAGGUCAGCUACAGCCGCAAGUACCCGCUGUUUGCCACCGCGUCUGAUGACGGCUCGCUGCAGGUCUACCACGGCAUGGUGUACCAGGAUCUGAACAUGAACCCGCUGAUCGUGCCCCUCAAGAUCCUGCGUGGCCACGAGAUCCGCAACUCGCUUGGUGUCCUCGACUGCCUGUUCCAUCCGAUCCAGCCCUGGCUUUUGUCUGCUGGCGCUGAUGGCACAAUCCGUCUCUGGACAUAAUCACUAGAAGCGUAUGGUUUUUUUUGGUAUGGUACAUUUCAGACAAAAGUAUAAAAAUGGAUAAAGGUUGAAG